AUGUUUGCCAAGACCGAUUUUGAUGGUGAAGUUGAGGCAAAAAAAGUAGCUUUAACUCAUCUAAAUGCUCGUCCUCCUAUUUUUGAUCAAGUUGCCAUCUUCUCAGAUUCCCAAGCUGCGAUUCUGGCCAUUGCCAACUACUCUAAAGCCCCUAGCUCUUUGUUCACUGUGAAAUGUAGAUCUUUAAUGACAGAGAUAGGUGAAAAAUAUAAAACGAUUGCCUUACAAUGGAUUCCAUCCCACUGCGGUAUCCCCGGCAACGAAAAAGUUGAUGCACUGGCCAAAAAAAGUUGCUUUGUUAAUCAAGCCCCAAAUAACUUGGUUAGCUAUAAGUCCACUUCGUUAAUGAUUAAUCAUGCAAUUAAGACAGCACAUAUAUCAUUGCUAAAAGAACGGACAGUAGAAAAAUCGUGGAGAAAUGACAUCCUUAAUUUCCUCGAUUGCCCAAGAAGCAGUGCUGUAGCUGCCUUUCGUCUUACUACCAAGCACGAUUGCUUAUACGCUCAUCUUUUCCGUCUUGAAAUAGUGGAUAAUCCCCCUCUGCCGCAGUGGUGUGACGAUGAAUGCUGA